AUGUUCCGUGCCGCCGUUGUCCGUUCUCUCCGGGCCUCCGUGCCUCGUGCCGUCAGGGCUCCCGCUGCCUUCCAGAUUCGCAGCUCUCCCGUCGCUCGACCGGCUCAAUUCGCUCCUCGUUUCGCCUUCCAGGCCGUUCGCUCCUACUCCGCUCCUGCCGGUCUGAACAAGGAGGAGGUUGAGGGCCGGAUAGUCAACCUGCUGAAGAACUUUGACAAGAUCAACGGCGCCUCUCACUUUGCGAACGACCUUGGACUGGACAGCCUGGAUACCGUCGAGGUUGUGAUGGCCAUCGAGGAGGAGUUCAGCAUUGAGAUCCCCGACAAGGAGGCGGAUGCCAUCCACAGUGUUGACAAGGCUGUUGAGUACAUCCUUGCUCAGCCCGAUGCCCACUAA